AUGCUGCCUUUCAAAGAGAAGCGGGCCUAUACCCUCCAGAGAGACUUUUGCGUGUUGGAGAGAGAGAAGAGGGUUAGCAAGAUUCUCGGGAGCCAUGCCUUCCGCGCGGAGCUGGAAGGGAUCCUGCAAGGUCAACUGGACGGCUCGCGGAGCCCCCCCAAACCCUCCCGCGCCCUCAGAAGCCUGCAAGAAAACGUGGUACCAACCUCUACGAUCAACGACUUGAGGGGUGCCCGCUCGUCUCGCUACGUCCUCCACGAGCGACAGCUCCGCUGCAAGCUAGCCUCCCUCUGUCGACUAGUGGAUUGGUUCAAGUGGAGCCAGCUCGUGGACAACCACGUCUCUGCUCGGGGUGUAGGCGAGAGAGGAGAGUUCCUCGUGAACCCUUUCGGACUACUGUACAGCGAGGUAACGGCGUCCAGCCUCGUGAGAGUGAGCGGGGAGGAGGGAGGAGGCAUAGUGGACGGCGGGAGCACGCGGCUCGGGGUGAACAGACCGGGCGUGGAGCUCCAUUCGGCCAUCUACGGCGCCCGGAGAGACGUGCAAUGCAUUAUGCAUCUGCACACAGUCGCAGGAACAGCGGUAUCAGCAAUGAACUGUGGACUGCUGCCAAUAUCAGAGGAAGCAUUGGGUGUGGGGAAAGUGUCAUACUAUGAGGGCAGGAAACCGCUAGUUGGUCACAAGGAGUUUGCCAAGGCUCUCGGGAAGAACAAGGUUCUCAUCUUGCCUAACCAUGGCCUAGUAGCUGUCGGGAACUGCGUGGAAGAUUGCUUCCACGUCAUGUACAAUCUCAUCAUGGCCUGCAGGAUACAGGUGGCAGCAGUGUCAGCAGGUCUGUCCAACCUCACCUUGCUACCUCCUCCGGGGCGUGGUGCUCGGGAAGAGUAUGCGGGCACCGCGGCAGCCGCGUGGAGCACAAAGGCACAGAUGGAGUUUGAAGCUCUCAUGCGAAUGCUGGACAAUCAGGGAUACCAGACGGGGUAUCGAUACCGUGGUCUGAGUCUGCUGGAGGCUGGUGGGGACUCGAGUAGGGGGGCGGCGUGGGAAGAGGUAGUGGAGGGAGGAGAGACAGACACCGCUAGAAGACUGCGUCACAAGAGGAAAGGUUAUAAGGAGAAAGGUCCACACGAGGCGUGGGCAUUUCUGGAUGAUAAUCGAUCGCGUGACAAGCCACUCACCAAGAACACAAAGAUAAGGGUGAGAGUGGGGGACUCUGGAGGGGGUGUGUCACCAGUGGAGGAGGAGGAGGUGACCGAGAGUGGGGGAGACCCCUGGCAAUUUCUCACCUCACGAGAAUCCUCAGUCAUCUCGCCUGACUCUAAGUUCCAGUUCACUACUUACUUUCAAGGCUGGCAGUCGUCCCAGUACUGCCCAGAGACUCGCCAACACCAGUGCCGGCAGUGGAACUACAAACGAAGACCCUGCCUCUCGCUCCCACCACCACAACCACCACUCGGGGAGGAGACGAGCUCACAGGAGGAGGAAAAUCCAACUCUGCCUCGUCCCAACAGGACACCCACUGCACCAGCAACCGGGCCGAACCUCUCUUGCCACUCUACUUCAUCAGCUCAUUCCCACACAUCUCACAUAGCUGCUGGAGACACUGCCACUCUACCACCACCAGAUCUGAGUACACUGGAACAGACUGCAGAGAGAGUGGCCCAUUCUACCGGCGUUGCGGUCCAGAAACUCUCUCAGAGGAGGGUCACCGAGGAAGAGACGGACCGAGGGAGGACCCACAGUGAUCCAAAUAUCGCAUCGACCUGGGAUGACCUCUCCCCGAGCAAGCACGAUCCUCAUUACUACCACCAUAGGCAUCUGGUGGUGGAUUCCCAGGGGUAUUCAUCAGGUGACGAGGCCUCUUACCUAGGGUCUCCUCGCAGACCAGCACAGACUAGCAUCACUGAAAGACAGUCAACCCUCCCCCUCAAUACAACCUUGCACCAUGCUCCCAACUUGCACACCCCUCCCACACUGGACACGCCCACUCCUCACACAAGUCACACCACCUCCCCACCCUCACACGCUCACCCCCCACUCCCCACACACACCCCGGCUGUCAUUAGCUACCCCGUGGGGUGGAGCUCGGCAGAGAAGGCAGCCCACGUGGCAAAACUUGUGGCAGACUCCACUGGCUCUGCGGUGCAGAAACUCUCAGAGACUAUGGCCGAGAGACAACAGACUGGCACCAGAGACAUCACUACUGUCCUCACACACAGUGCAGAAAUCUAAUCUAGCUCACAAUUAUAGGGGCAGCCAUUAUUUAUUAUUAUAUGCACAGGUAUACAACUUCAAAGAAUGCAUCAUUGUUUCCUUUCAAUGAAGCAGUUUAUUCUGCGGUGAUUAUUACUCUGACGGGUGUACUCAAGUUUAUGGGUUUAGAUAUGAAGCAGCUCAUCACUGGUCUUUCGUUUUGCUCUCAGUCUUCUCUAGCUCCAUUGCCUCCUCCUCUUUCCCCUCCCCUCCUCCUCCUCCCCCGCCCUGUGCCUGGGCCGAGGAGGAGGUGGAGGCCUCUGUCAUUUCCCGCAGGUUCCUGAGGGCCUGCUCGGGUUCACCCCGGGCAGAGUGCUCAGAACAGACUCCAGGAACGCCUUGUUCUGCAUCAGCUCCUCCAUCUCCGCUCCAAUGACAUCUGCAGCCACACCACAAGAGACACAGUACAGUACAGUACAUGUCAACAACGAGGUCAUAAGCCAAAACCAAAGCAAACAACGCAACUACACCAAGGAUAACUCAAACUCGAGCGUUUAAUGCACGCUUUGAAACAUCAACAGUGAAUUGCAUACACCGCAAGCAAAACUUUUAAGCCUUGAAGCCAGUGUGCAUAGGUUUUGCAUACAGCCUCUCUAUAUAUCUCCUUCCUUGGUUCGUAUGUGGGGAACUGCACUUUCUAGGGAGAAAAACUAUUUGGUAAGGGUGUUAAAAUUGCAUACUGCAACUAGAGAACAUUAUUGUGGAUGACUAUAUAUGAAACAUUAGCUGUAAAGUUUCCUGUCUAGAGUUUAGUGGGAUGUGGUAUGACAACCGAUACUUACUGUCUGAAUCCUCGGGUACUUCAGUAGUUCCAGUUGGCUGUAGGGAGCAAUGAGAAGAAGUUUAUUUUCCACACUCCUAGUGGGUGUGGUUGUGUGGAGAGACAGGGUAUGCCCAGACAGACCUCUCCCCCGUCGGUAGCCACAGUGGGUGUGGUCUCGGUCUCCAUGGCCUGCUCCAGUAGGCCACUCAUGCCGGCUCCCUGCAGGGACAUCUGGAGAGCCAGGGCCAACUCUUGCUCCUCCGUCAACUCCUGAGCACCGUACACGCACACACACACACAUCAGC